AUGGAUAGUGUAAACCCGACUCUCGUCUCGGCUGUGAGCCAGGUCACCAACCAACUGGUUGAACAGAUGACCUCUACCUCCUCCACCUCUGCUACCGCAGUCCCAACCAGUGCAUUGUCUGUCAUCGACUCUGGAGCGGGCGAGGGUCAGUCGAAAGGCAGCUCUCUCAACACCUUCUUAUCCACCUUGUCUACCGGUGCUGUCAUUUUUGGCCUCGAAAUCUUGCUGUUCAUCAUCAUCAACAAUAAAUUGGAGCGCAUCUAUCUUCCAAAAACUUUCCUGGUCCCGGGUAAGGAGCGAACGGCAGCUCCUUCAAAAGGCUUCCUACAAUGGAUCCCCGCCGUUUUCAAGACUACAAACUCCGAAUUCAUUCAAAAGUGCGGCCUGGACGCCUACUUCUUCCUGCGAUACCUGCGCACCCUGCUCAAAAUCUUUAUUCCCUGUGCCCUUAUUCUUCUUCCAAUACUGUUUCCAGUGAAUAUUGUCGGCGGCAGGGGGCCCCAUUUCGCUGAUCUGGGCGAAUUUUCCAAGACCAAGAGCAACGGUUCUACUGACUGGAACAAUGUGAAUGGACUCGACAUUCUUGCAUGGGGCAAUGUACAUCCUUUCAAGAAUAACAGGUAUUGGACUCAUUUGAUGCUUGCUCUUGGUGUCAUCAUAUACUCCUGUUGGGUUUUCUUUGAUGAGCUUAGGGGCUACAUCCGUUUACGGCAAGCCUACCUCACAUCCCCUCAACAUCGUCUUCGCGCUUCUGCUACGACAGUGCUCAUCACAGCUAUACCAACCAAGUGGUGUACGUUCGAGGCGCUAGAUGGCCUCUAUGAUGUAUACCCUGGAGGCAUCCGCAACAUAUGGAUUAAUCGGAAUUUUGACGAUCUGAGCGACAAGAUAAAGCAACGUAAUAAGUUGGCAAAAUCCUUGGAGUCAGCGGAGACGAAACUUGUUAAGAACGCCAAAGAAGCCGCUGUCAAGCAAGCGAAAAAGGACGCGAAGAGAAAUAAGCCACAAGGAACCUCCGGGGCGCAGUCUUCAGUGGGAAUAAAUGGAGUAAAUCAGUCUAGCCUUAACAUGGCUCAAACGGACGGCAUCAGUGCAGGUAAUCCCCAUCAACUCGGGCAGACGUUGGACGAAAUCCUGGACGAUCCCUCACCGGGCCGUUCAAGACCGGAGUCACCAGUUCACAAGAAGCCCAUCAUCCCGAUUGCUGUCGUAGGACAAGGUAUUGAAGCUGUAAGCGAAGGUCUUGAUCGUCUCGGCAGAGUUGUGUUCAACAAGAAGUCGGUACCAAAACAAAAACAGCCGAACGAUGUGGGUGAAGACGAGAAACCAAAAAAGAAAAAGGAGAUUGAAGCAGAAAAGCCUAAAAUCACGUACCGAACAGCGCAUAAUGAAGACUAUGAUCCCAAUGAAGGCCAACCAAAAUGGAAAGAAUAUCUCAAAGAAGGCGAUAGAGAUACAAUGAGGCUUCCGAUCUUUGGAUGGCAGUGGAUGAUAUCACUGCCUCUGCUGGGCCAAAAGGUCGACACGAUCUACCAUUGUAGAAAAGAGCUUGCAAGGCUCAACCUGGAGAUAGAAGAAGAUCAAAAAGAUCCCGAGAAAUAUCCACUCAUGAAUUCCGCCUUCGUCCAAUUCAACCAUCAGGUUGCAGCUCAUAUGGCCUGUCAAUGUGCCAGUCACCAUAUUCCCAAACAAAUGGCUCCACGGGUCGUUGAGAUAUCGCCAGGUGAUGUGAUCUGGGAGAACAUGUCCCUUAAAUGGUGGGAAACUUAUAUUCGCACCGGAAUCAUCCUUGUUCUCAUCGCAGGGCUUGUGGUUACGUGGGCUGCUCCUGUAACGUUUACUGGUCUCGUAUCCAACCUCACAUACCUUCAAAGCCUAAAAGGCUUACACUGGGUCGGCAGGAUACCGGCAGUGGCCAAAGCGAUCAUUCAGGGUGUGCUACCUCCGGCCUUACUCGCUCUUAUACUGCUGAUCUUGCCACUUUUGCUGAGAUUUCUCGCGAAGACCCAAGGUUGCUUGACGGGUAUGUCGGUUGAGCUCACGGUACAAAUAUACUAUUUCACGUUCCUUUUCGUCCAAGUAUUCUUGGUGGUGUCAAUCUCGUCGGGUAUUACUACGAUUAUCCCGGAACUGGCAAAGUCCCCACAAAGCACACCUUCAUUACUGGCCUCAAAUCUGCCAAAGGCUUCGAACUAUUUCUUCUCGUAUAUGCUGCUUCAGGCGUUCGGUACAAGCGGUGGUGCUCUGGUACAACUGGGUGAACUGUUCAAAUGGUAUAUCCUAGCUCCAAUUAUGGAUAGCACCGCAAGGCAGAAAUUUCGACGCCAGAUUAAUCUACCCAAUGUUCACUGGGGCAAGUUCUUUCCCGUCUACACCAACCUGGCGUGCAUUGGUCUAAUCUAUUCCGUGAUCUCACCCUUGAUUCUCAUCUUCAAUAUCAUCACCUUCAGUCUUUUCUGGUUCGUUUAUCGCUACAACACUCUAUAUGUGACCAAAUUCGGCUUUGAUACUGGCGGUCUCCUGUAUCCAACAGCGAUUAAUCAGCUCUUCACUGGCCUGUAUACGAUGGAGCUCUGCCUGAUCGGGUUAUUUUUCUUGGUCCGCGAUGCUAAAUUAGAGAAUGGAGUGGCCACAACCAGCGGAUCACCGUGUAAAGUUCAGGGAAUCAUAAUGAUUGUCGCCUUCUUCCUGACGAUCAUAUUUCAAUACCUGCUCAAUACUGCUUUUGGUCCUCUCUUGAGAUACUUGCCGAUCACGCUCGAGGACGAGGCAGUCAUGCGCGACGAAGAAUUUUCACAUGCCCAGGAGAAGCGAUGGGCCGUCGAGGAACAUGAGCAAGAAGAGCGGAAGUCAUCCCCGGGAAGGACGCCUGACGCUGAGGACAGCCGCCCAAGUUACUCUCAGCCAGGCAGCCACCGAGGCCAGGAAAGCAUUGAAAUGGAGAAUUUCGACGCUGGCCCAGAUUUGAGAAGCGACCUUAGAAAACUAUUGCCACCCAACCCUCUCUUGAACCCAAAGUCCUGGGCCGAUCGUGGCAACCGCAGUCGCACAUCAUCACAUAUUUCUCCAGGCUUUGUAGAACAUUUGAAAGCUCCACUCAAGUCUCCUCGACGACGGCAUCACACAAAAUCGUCAGAUAUCGAGGCACAGCACAAGGGUUCAAAUCACAUUGGCGAAGCUCUCUUCGCUGGCAUCAACGACGAAAUCGAAGACUUGACUCCCGACGACAGAGACAAGCUUGUCCGAAGGGCCUUCCAACAUUCAGCGCUCCGAGCACGUCGACCAGUGAUCUGGAUACCACGAGAUGAUUUAGGUAUUAGUGACGAUGAGGUGAAGAGGACGAACGCUACUUCUGAGUACAUAUGGAUUAGUAAUGAGGGGACUGGCUUGGAUGCCAAGGGGAGAGUGAUUUACCGGAGGAGCCCACCGGAUUUCUCGGAGAUCGAUUUGAUAGAACUGUGA